UCAGCUCCUCCUCAAUUCAUGCUAGGUCAAGAGGAAGAAAGAAAACAAAUUCAAGAGCUGCUCUUAAGCAUCUAGAAUUUUCUGCAUACCAUCUCUUAAGAGGAGAGACUGGCCCUCUAGCUGACUCAGUCUACUACAAACUAAACUCUUCUCUUAAAAGCAUCAACAUUCCUUGGGUCUUUGAAUAAAACUGGAAGAAAAGUCCACGAAUAUUGUGGACUCUGCAAGAGACAGUGACUGACAACUGGCAGUAAAAACAGAAAGAUGGCAAGCCUGAGGCCCAGCACUCAAGCAGACCCUGAAAUUGAGCUUUUUGUGAAGGCUGGAAGUGAUGGGGAGAGUAUUGGAAACUGUCCAUUUUGCCAACGCCUUUUCAUGAUCCUCUGGCUUAAAGGAGUUAAAUUUAAUGUAACUACUGUUGACAUGACCAGAAAGCCUGAAGAACUGAAGGACUUAGCCCCAGGUGCCAAUCCUCCCUUUCUGGUGUAUAACAAGGAGUUGAAAACAGACUUCAUUAAAAUUGAAGAGUUUCUAGAGCAGACACUGGCUCCUCCAAGGUAUCCUCACCUGAGUCCUAAGUACAAGGAGUCCUUUGAUGUGGGCUGUAACCUCUUUGCCAAGUUUUCUGCAUACAUUAAGAAUACACAAAAAGAGGCAAAUAAGAAUUUUGAAAAAUCUCUGCUCAGAGAAUUUAAGCGUCUGGAUGACUAUCUAAAUACCCCACUUCUGGAUGAAAUUGAUACAGACAGUGCUGAAGAACUUACAGUUUCCAGAAGACUGUUCUUGGAUGGGGAUCAACUAACACUGGCAGACUGCAGCUUGUUACCUAAACUGAACAUUAUUAAAGUUGCUGCCAAGAAAUACCGUGACUUUGACAUUCCAGCAGAAUUCUCAGGAGUGUGGCGCUACCUCCUCAAUGCCUAUGCCCGUGAAGAAUUUGCCCACACAUGCCCUGAAGAUAAAGAAAUUGAAAAUACCUAUGCAAGUGUCGCUAAACAGAAGAGUUAAGACAGCUCUUUCAGGAGAAAAAGUUCAUUUGUUAUCAAAUUUCACUUUCUAUGAUAUUAGAAAGAAUUUUGGAAAUAAUAUGGAAAAUGUUUCCCUUAUCCAAGUCACUUGUGUAAAACAAUUCAGUAUUUUCUGUUCUAAUUUGCCACAACAGCAUCUAUCCACUGUGUAUUUUAAGAGAUCCUCAUAUUUUUACUUCAUCUUCUUUAUUCCUAUAGCAAACAACUGCAAUCUUGAACAACAUGGAAAGUGUCAAGAUCUUUUGCACUUUGCUUUGCACUUUUUUUGAGUUCCUAGAACACAUAAGCUAAACAUAUGUGUGAAGUUACAAAUGACAUAAGUAGAGCCACAAUUUUGAACUGCCUUUUAGAAACAAUGCCAUCUGAAUCAUCAUAAUUUUUCACAUUUGUUACUUUAAUACAUAGAUGAGUCUAUUUCUGAUAUGAAUAAUAAAGUCAGAAAGUGAGCAUUUCAGAGAGGCAAAUUCAAAAAUAAUGAUUUUUAAAAAUCAUUAAAGAUGGGUAGAG